AUGAGUCAUCUUGAUAAAGGCUCUUCAAUUGAUCCCAAUUCAAACAAUUUUACAGAAUUCAUGAUUAAAAGAACAUAUAAAGAUGCAAUUAAUGCUUUAAAUUCAUUACAAUCAAAUUUUGCAUCAGUUGAAGCAUUGAAAAAAUUAGGCCCCAGUGUUAAUAGAAAUGAAUUAUCAAUCAACGAAGUUUAUGAAUAUACUAAAAGAUUAGGAUAUUCACCUUCUGAUUUCAAUAAAUUAAAUAUUAUUCAUGUGACUGGUACUAAAGGUAAAGGAUCAACUUGUGCUUUUACUGAAUCAAUAUUAAGACAAUAUCAAGGAUCAAAUAAACCUAUUCAUAAAAUUGGUUUAUAUACUUCACCACAUUUAAAAUCAGUUCGAGAAAGAAUAAGAAUUAAUGGAGAACCAAUCAAUAAAGAGUUGUUUACGAAAUAUUUUUUUGAAGUUUGGGAUAAAUUAUCAACUACAAAACUGGAUUCAAAAAUUUGGCCAACUUUACAACCAAAUGAAACUAUUAAACCAAUGUAUUUUAAAUAUUUGACAAUUUUAUCAUUUCAUGUGUUUUUGAAAGAAGGUAUAGAUACUGCUAUUUAUGAAGUAGGUGUUGGAGGAACUUAUGAUUCAACAAAUAUAAUUGAAAAACCAAUAGUUACUGGUAUUUCAGCAUUAGGAAUUGAUCAUACUUUUAUGUUGGGAAAUACAAUCAAUAGUAUAACUGAAAAUAAAACUGGUAUUUUUAAGAAAAAUUGUCCAGCUUACGUAUCUAAACAAGUUGAAUAUCCUGAAUCAGAAGAUAUUAUAAAAGAAAGAGGUAAAGAAUUAAAAGUUUCAUCACUUGAGUUUGUAAAUGAUAAAUUACCUGAAAAUGUUGAGUUGGGAUUAUCUGGAGAUUUUCAAAAGGCAAAUGCAGCAUUAGCUAUAAGAUUAGCUUGUACUCAAUUGACAAAAUUUAAUGUUGAAAAUCUACUAACAUUUGACAAAGAAGGGAAUAUAAUAAAUAUACCAAAAGAAUUUAUACAAGGUUUAAAAUCUGUUAAUUGGCCUGGUAGAUGUCAAAUUACAAAAGAUGGUAAAAUAACGUGGUACAUUGAUGGUGCGCACACGAUUGAAUCAAUUAGUGCUUCUUCAAAAUGGUUUAAAGAAGAGCAUAGCAAGAAUGAAAAGGAUAAACGAUUGGCAUUAUUAUUCAACCAACAAGGAAGAGAAAAUUAUAAAGAGUUAUUGACCAAAUUAUAUAAUGAAGUAUCGUUAAAAUUUGAUGAUGUAAUUUUCACUCCAAAUGUCACUUGGGAAUCUGGUGAUUAUAAUUCAGAACUUUUAUCAAAGAAUACUUCAGAGGAUGUAGUUAAAAGAUUAGAAAUUCAAAAUGAUUUUAGUAAUAUUUGGUCACAAUUAGACAAUAGAUCUAAAAGACAUGUAUUUUCAAGUAUAGAGUCAAGUAUCAAGUUUCUCAAAGAACAAGAUGUUGAAAUUGACGUUUUUGUUUGUGGUUCAUUACAUUUAGUUGGUGGAUUUCAAGUUGUUCUUGACAAUGAUCGAGAUUAA